AUGGUGAGGGAGGUGAGCCACGGAGGAAAGGUGGAGAAAGUGAAGAAGAAGGAUAAGUGCGUUCUCCAAUAGAUGAGUGGAGAGAGAGAGAUGAGGAGGAAAGGAGAGAGCCGGACAGGAGGAGGAAGAGUGUUUUCUAAGAUCCUGGGUCCUGAUCUGAUUCUAUUAAUGAUUGUUCACAAUUAAACUAGGGAUGUGCAACAUGAUGAAGACUAGUCAUUUCAACUGUCUGGGAUCUGAGGGAAAAACUCAUCCUGUGACUCUGUUUUAUACAAUCAUGUCAUUUUAUGUUAUUCCUUGUCUGUUUUUCUUUCGUUAUACAGACAAAAAUAUUAUAUUCAACUGACCAACAUUUAGAUUUACAUUCUAUAAAUUAUAUUGUACUCAAUGUAGAUCUCUGCAGUUGUAUAGGCUUUACGUGUAUUUUUAAAUGAUCAAAUAAAUUCAAUUAAUCAAUUGGUAUUGAGUUUGUGUGUUGGGAGGGUGCUGUCUGACAUUUAUUGGUGUUUUGUUUUUAUAUGGCUGUAUAAAGAUUAACGUUUUUAUUGAACUUGUGACACUUCAUCCAAGAGGGGAAUUUAUUCCAGUUGUGGAGUGCGAGGGAAUUACCACUCUGCCAUCUGGAGUUUUGCUACAUUUUACCACCCAAUGUAUUCCAUGGAAUUUAGAGCUGAUUUAUUAUUCAUUCUAUCCACUCUAUAAGCCUCUGUCAAAUGCACUUUAAAUUGUAAUACAUCUGUUCUGUGAUAGCCUCCAGCAUAUUGGAGAAUAUUGUAGAAUCUGAUCCUUUCUACCCCUCUAUCCCGCUUUCUCCCUCUCUAUCCACCUGUUACCUGAAAGGGUGUAGUUAGAUGGGGGCCAGUGACUCUGCAGUUUACUCAGCUUAUCUGUAACAGUGCUCACCUGCUUUCAUGUUUCUUUAACAUUGCUCACACACACACACACAGGUUCUAGAGAGGAGAAACUACCAAGAGAUAAGAAUCAUGUCUGUGGAAAUCCACAUAGAAUAUUGGUAAGUUAUUGUCAAACGUUUUACUACAUCUGUUAAUGUCUACUCUAAAAUGAUAUUAGGAGAUCUGGUGUUAUACCCAAGAAAACAUUACAGUGAGUCCAUGUACAAACUGUCUGAAUGUGUUGGUGUGGAACCAAUAGACUUCCUAUUGCCUCAGGUUAUUGAUUUAAAGGGAUAGUUUACACACACAAAACAUUUUUUUAACAUGAUUUUCCACUUAGAUUGAUGAUGUAAAUAAUGAGUUUCUCUAACUUUUACCAAAGUUUCAGCCACCCUCUCCAUUUCUAUUGUCCAGUGUAAAGUUAGAGAUAUGACAUGCCAUGUGCAGCCUGUGUGACAGUGUGUGUGUGAUGGUGUGUGUGUGACAGUGUUUGUUGCAACGUGUAACAGUGUGUUUGUGUUGUGGGCUGCAGUAGUGGAUGAGGGUACGAGUCUCGCUAUCAGGACCUGGCAUCCGCUAUCAAGCGGAAUGUUCCUGAUGCGACGGUGACGGGAACCACAGGGCGGCGUUCUAAGUUACUCACACACACACAGCUUGAAGUUACCCUGUCAGAUACAGUGACGUCAUAGCUGUGUUUUACACACAGAACAAUGUCACAGAUCCCAUCGGACUUCAACUGACUACACUAUGAUGGUCCAUCCAUCAGAUUUGAUCAAUACCUCAGAUUAUUAUUUUAUAUUCUAACCUAACUGCUCAUGGUUUGUCCUACAGCCAGUUUCGAGGUAACAGUGAAUGGUAAACUGGCUUACUCUAAACUGGAGGCAGGAGGAUUCCCAGACACCAAGGAGGUGGGUGUUGUUCCUGUUCUAACCACCAGGUGGCACCAUACUCAAUGUAUCUUCAUGUUAUGUCUGAGGUCAAGCCACACUAUCUGAACCUGAACAGUAGCUCAGAAGUGUAAAGUCAGGGAGCAUGGAUAAGACGAUAAGGCAUGGGAUCCAAUCCCAGCCAAGUCAUACUAUUUAUUUAAGCAUUUCAUUGUACUGUAUAGUAUACACCAUGUGUAUCCUGUGCAUAUGAUAUGACAAAUAUACCUUCAUUUGAUUUAUCGCCUACAUGCUCUCUGUAACAUGCGCUACCAUCUGACCAGCUGGUGGCGAUGGUGAGGGAGGUGAGCCACGGAGGAAAGGUGGAGAAAGUGAAGAAGAAGGAUAAGUGCGUUCUCCAAUAGAUGAGUGGAGAGAGAGAGAUGAGGAGGAAAGGAGAGAGCCGGACAGGAGGAGGAAGAGUGUUUUCUAAGAUUCUGGGUCCUGAUCUGAUUCUAUUAAUGAUUGUUCACAAUUAAACUAGGGAUGUGCAACAUGAUGAAGACUAGUCAUUUCAACUGUCUGGGAUCUGAGGGAAAAACUCAUCCUGUGACUCUGUUUUAUACAAUCAUGUCAUUUUAUGUUAUUCUUUGUCUGUUUUUCUUUCGUUAUACAGACAAAAAUAUUAUAUUCAACUGACCAACAUUUAGAUUUACAUUCUAUAAAUUAUAUUGUACUCAAUGUAGAUCUCUGCAGUUGUAUAGGCUUUACGUGUAUUUUUAAAUGAUCAAAUAAAUUCAAUUAAUCAAUUGGUAUUGAGUUUGUGUGUUGGGAGGGUGCUGUCUGACAUUUAUUGGUGUUUUGUUUUUAUAUGGCUGUAUAAAGAUUAAAGUUUUUAUUGAACUUGUGACACUUCAUCCAAGAGGGGGAUUUAUUCCAGUUGUGGAGUGCGAGGGAAUUACCACUCUGCCAUCUGGAGUUUUGCUACAUUUUACCACCCACUGUAUUCCAUGGAAUUUAGAGCUGAUUUAUUAUUCAUUCUAUCCGCUCUAUAAGCCUCUGUCAAAUGCACUUUAAAUUGUAAUACAUCUGUGCUGUGAUAUCCUCCAGCAUAUUGGAGAAUAUUGUAGAAUCUGAUCCUUUCUACCCCUCUAUCCCGCUUUCUCCCUCUCUAUCCACCUGUUACCUGAAAGGGUGUAGUUAGAUGGGGGCCAGUGACUCGGCACACCAAAAAUUAGGGAUUCAACAAGGGUUCUUCUAAGAUCCUCAAAGUUCUUUGAAGAACCUUAGGGUUCUUGGCACAGAAAAUUGGACCCAAAAGGUUCUUCCAAGAACCCCAUAGGAGGUGGGGUUCAUCGAGGAACCUCAUUAGUUGGUGGGGGUUCUUGCAGGAACCUAACUGCCCAACUGAAACAUUUGGAUUUGAAAGGACAGCAGGUGCAGGCCCUUAACUAAAACAUGUAAAGAUCUCCUCAAUUUAAGGUAAGGUUUGUUCCUUGUAUGAUCUAAAUUGAUAUUGUUGAACAGUAGCUCAGCAGUGUUAAGCAUGGAUAAGACGAUAAGGCAUGGGAUCCAAUCCCAGCCAAGUCAUACUAUUUCUUUAAGUAUUUCAUUGUACUGUAUAGUAUACACCACGUGUAUCCUGUUCAUAUGAUAUGACAAAUAUACCUUCAUUUGAUUUAUCUCCUACAUGCUCUCUGUAACAUGUGCUCUACUGUCUGACCAGCUGGUGAGGGAGGUGAGCUGCAGAGGAAAGGUGGAGAAAGUGAAAAAGAAGGAAGAUAAGCUUGUUCCCCAGUACAGGGUUUCCCAAACUCGGUCCUGGGGCCCCCCUGGGUGCACGUUUUGGUUUUUGCCCUAGCACUACACAGCUGAUUCAAAUAAUCAAAGCUUGAUGAUGAGUUGGUUAUUUUAAUCAGCUGUGUAGUGCUAGGGCAAACACCAAAACGCACCCAGGGGGGUCCCCAGGACCGGGUUUGGGAAACCCUGCACCAGUAGAUGAGUGGAGAGCAAGAGGUAGGAAGAGGAGGAUAAAAGGAGAGAGGGGGAGAGGAGGAGGACGGUGUUUUCUAAGAUCCUGGGUCCUGGCCUGUUUCUAUUAAUGAUUGUUCACAUUGAAACUAGGGAUGUGCAACAUGGAGACUAGAGUCAUUUAAACGGUCUGUGAUUUAAGGAAAAUACUCUUAUACUGUUAUGUUAUGUUGUUAUGUAAUGUUAUGUAAUGCUGUUGUUAUUCCUCUGUUUUUCUUUCAUGAUACAGACAGGGAUAUUAUAUUAGACUAGCGUUUAGAUUGAUAUUCUAUAAGUUAUAUUCUACUCAAUAUAGAUCUCUGCAGUUGUACAUGUAUUUUUAAAUGAUCAAAUAAAUUAAUUCAAUCAGUUGGUAUUGAGUGUAUGUGUUGGGAAGGUAGAGGUUGGGGGAUCAGGGGCACACACAACCACUGCACUUUACCUUCCCAGGUAACAUCCACACACUCCAGCAGCAUCACAGACUGGCCUACCAGGUGACAGUAGUGCGUGCACCAUGGACAGAUAAAAUCUCACACCACCUGAGAUCAGAGCACCCAUCUACCGCAGGCUUCCUGUCCAGAUCCUCAUCUACCCUGCUCUCUGUUUCUCCUUCUCUAGCUCUCCAUCCCUCUAUCCCACCAGGUUUUGAAUGAUCAGAGAUGGAAAUAGCUGUUCUAUACACAAAUCAACAUCCUACUGCUAUCACACAGUGACACGCUGGCAGUGCCAGCAGGGGUGUAAAGUAUUUUUACUUAAGUCGUUUUUUGGGGUAUCUGUACUUUACUUUACUAUUUAUAUUUUGGACAACUUUUACGUCACUACAUUCCUAAAGAAAAUAAUGUACUUUUUACUGCACACCCAAAAGUACUCGUUACAUUUUCAAUGCUUAGCAGGACAGGAAACUGCUCCACUGCUUCACGCAUUUAUCAAGAUAAAUAAAUCCCUGUUCAUCCCUACUGCAUCUGAUCUGGCGGAUGCUUCAUUUGUAAAUGAUGUCUGUGUUGGAGUGUGCCCCUGAUUAUCUGUAAAUUAAAAUAAGAAAAAGAAAUGUGCCGUCUGGUUUGCUUAAUAUAAGGAAUUUGAAAUGAUUUUGAUACUUAAGUAUAUUUUAGCAAUUACAUUUACUUUUGAUACUUAAGUAUAUUUAAAACCAACAUUCCAAACACCCAUGCACACACACACACUCACCUGCCACAUGUAACACAGCUACUGUAAGCGCAGAGAUGUCACAAACUCACAGCACAAAACCCCCCAGAAUGAAAUACGCCCAAGAGAAGCAAACCAAGCAUGCAUAUCUAGUGACAUUCACUGUCCACAGUCUAGAGAUAUAAUUCACUGUCCCCUGUCCACAGAUAACAUAAUUCACUGUCCACAAUCUAUAGAUAACAUCAUUCACUGUCCCCUGUCCAAUCUAGAGAUAAUAUCAUUCACUGUCCCCUGUCCAAUCUAGAGCUAAUAUCAUUCACUGUCCCCUAUCCAAUCUAGAGAUAAUAUCAUUCACUGUCCCCUGUCCAGUCUAGAGAUAACAUAAUUCACUGUCCAAUCUAGAGCUAAUAUCAUUCACUGUCCCCUGUCCACAGAUAACAUAAUUCACUGUCCACAAUCUAUAGAUAACAUCAUUCACUGUCCCCUGUCCAAUCUAGAGAUAAUAUCAUUCACUGUCCCCUGUCCAAUCUAGAGCUAAUAUCAUUCACUGUCCCCUGUCCACAGAUAACAUAAUUCACUGUCCACAAUCUAUAGAUAACAUAAUUCACUGUCCCCUGUCCAAUCUAGAGAUAAUAUCAUUCACUGUCCCCUGUCCAGUCUAGAGAUAACAUAAUUCACUGUCCCCUGUCCAAUCUAGAGCUAAUAUCAUUCACUGUCCCCUGUCCAGUCUAGAUCAGUAUCACUGUCCUGUCCAUCUAGAGAUAUAUAUUCACUGUCCUGUCCAAGUCAGAUGAAAUUCACUGUCCCUGUCGAACUGGCUGAUAUGCAUCUAGUCCCCCAGUGAUCAUUCUGCUGAUACUGGUGUCUGGGUAUCUAAGGUCAGUGAUCAUUCAUGCUGAUACUGGUAUUCUGGGUAUCUAAGGUCAGUGAUCAUUCUGCUGAUACUGGUGUCUGGGUAUCUAAGGUCAGUGAUCAUUCUGCUGAUACUGGUGUCUGGUAUCUAAGGUCAUGUGUCCAUUCUGCUGAUACUGGAUGUCUGGGUAUCUAAGGUCAGUGAUCAUUUGCUGAACUGGUGCCUGGUAUCUAGAGUCAUAUCAUUCUGCUGAUACUGGUCGUCUGGGUAUCUAAGGUCAGUAUCAUUUUGCUGAUACUGGCUGUCUGGUAUCUAGAGUCAGUGAUCAUUCUGCUGAUACUGGUAGUCUGGUAUCUAAGGUCAGUGAUCAUUCUGCUGAUACUGGGUGUCUGGGUAUCUAAGGUCAGUGAUCAUUCUGCUGAUACUGGGUGUCUGGGUAUCUAAGGUCAGUGAUCAUUCUGCUGAUACUGGGUGUCUGGGUAUCUAAGGUCAGUGAUCAUUCUGCUGAUACUGGGUGUCUGGGUAUCUAAGGUCAGUGAGGUCAGAGAGUUUAACACAUUUCUCAAACCCCCGGACCUCUGUCUGUCUGACUCCCUGCCUCUCCCUCCCUUGCGCUCUCUCUACCCUGGUCUCUCGCCAAUUCUCCCCCCCUUAUCUCAGUCUCUCCCUUUGCUUGUUUAUGAGAUCCAGUCCCGAGAGUCCCAUCUGGAGGCCAGUAAAGAUGUCCCCCUUCAUCAGUAA